GUUAGACUUAAAAUUUUUUAAGCGAAAAGAAAAGUCCAAUGUUCUGUCAUUCAUUAGCUAGUGCUGGACAAGUUCAAAGGCUAAACAAUGUAUAUUGACUUGGGCAGUGAUGUAUCUGUUAUUCUUGGCCCUGGCUCGUUAGGAAUGCACCAGCUAAUAUCUAUGAAUUGUCAUGAGCGAGGAGCGGGCCAAUCUCGCGUCCCUCCGCGACAUUCGGGAUUCCUUUGCUGAUGGAUCCACACGUUGUUUCAAUCACCCAACCCCUCGUCCCCGGCCAUCCAGCCCGUCGCCACCAUCCUCCUCGUCGUCAUCCUCUGAGAGUCACCGCCACCACCACCACCACCACCCUCCAUCGCCGGGAGGUGGAGUUACAGAAAGAGGGAUUAGAUGAAGGCCAGAAGGCAAAUGAGGAUGCCUGUCUAGGACUUAAAAACGUAAUCAUUGCGCUGAUUUUUUCUUCCGUCGAUCCACUUUCGUUACUUUUCAGGUUGAUGAGGAUGAAUUAUAUUGGAAGAGAAGGGGUAGGUGCGAGGAGCUUGCAUGGGCACAUAAUUUUUCUCACGUAAUAUCUCAGUCAGCUCAAUGUGUUGCUAAUGCUAUGGUUGGGCCACGAUCAUGGAUUACUGGACUCUUCUACCGUUCCGGCAAUAAGCGCCAUGGAAGCAGUGGAAAAAAUAUAGAUUUUACAUUGACUCCUCUUCAGGAAGAAAGAUUGCAAAAGCUUCAACAACGAUUAGAAGUACCAUAUGAUGAGACGUGUCGUGAUCAUCAAGAAGCCCUUAAAGCCCUGUGGGAUGCUGCAUUUCCUGAUACUGAUCUUAGUGGCCUGAUCUCUGAACAAUGGAAAGAAAUGGGAUGGCAAGGCCCAAAUCCAGCCACUGACUUCAGGGGUUGUGGGUUCACUGCUCUCGAGAAUCUGCUAUUUUUUGCUAGAAACUAUCCAGAAUCUUUUCAAAGGUUACUCUGUAAAAGGGGAGGAACGAGAGCUAUGUGGGAAUAUCCAUUUGCUGUUGCUGGGAUCAAUGUUUCAUUUAUGCUAAUAAAGAUGCUCGAUCUGCUAUCUGAAAGACCACGAUCUAUACCUGGAAUGAACUUUGUGAGGAUCUUGUCAGAGGAUGAAGAUGCAUUCGAUGUGCUGUAUUGCAUAUCUUUUGUGAUGAUGGACGCCCAGUGGCUUGCUAUGCGUGCAUCAUACAUGGAAUUCAAUGAGGUUCUGCAAACCACACGGAUUCAAAUAGAGAGGGAACUAUCACUAGAAGAUGUACAUCGAAUUCGGGAUUUGCCAGCCCACAACCUAUUGGACCAGUAAAGCUUUUUGUAUCAAAUACAACUGUAAAGUCAGACAAAGAUUUUAUUUGACCAUCAACCUCACAUAGAUAAAAAAUUGUACAAUGGCUAAACUUUUCAUCCUCCUUAUUUUGGCUUAGGAUUAAGGGAAAAAAAAAAACAAAAAAACUCAUAACUGAAAGAGAACAAAAGCAAGAGGCAUGAACCAGUAGUUGAUUGCUUGAAAGUUGAGACUGUAUACAGCAUGUACGUUCGCCAAUGCAGAAGCGAGCUCAUGCAGAGUGUCAUAUCAGAAUUAAAAACAGAAAAAGGAAACUCAAAGAUCCACCGGAUGGAAGAUCAUUCACGUAGAUGUUAGCUGAUGGCUUUUCUUCUACUAUGUUUUACAUAUGAAAAUAUCUACAUUUCUUAUCAAUAGACUACCCAACCUUAUGAAAAACAGGUGGGCAUGUGGAAAAAAACCAGGACUUUCUGUUGUUAGAGAAGGUGAAUUUCUGUGAUUACCUUCACAUGAAGAAGCUUGGAUAUGGAAGGCAAGUAGAGAAGAUGGUAGAAGGCCUUCUUCUCACAGUCCUCUGCAGUGCGUCCCACCAAACGUCCACCAUUUCGCCAGCAAAUCUUACCAGCCGCGGCCUCACGAAGACAGCCCAUAAGCCGAUUGCCGCCAUCGCUAUUUCCAGGCCCAGCCCCAUUGACGCCACCACCGCCAAUCACCAAAACCAUGAAGAAGAACAAACAAUAACCUUACAGAUCCACAUUCCUCUCGCAUAUAUCGCCGCGGGCUAGUUUGCUGGUAAAAGAAAGGCAACAGAAAUGUGAAAUUUGUUCUCUAAUCCGCCAUUCCUACCUUCCGGUCAAAAUUUUUCUUUUGCGAGGUAGGCGGAGAUAAGGCCAUGAAAGCGUACAUGGUAGUGUCGCAAACGGGAGUAGGGGUGGGUUUAGAUGCAAAACCUGGUUUUGCCCCGAAGACAGUGUUUUCGGAAUAUUUGGAUAACAUAAAAAUUGGGUUUGAGAAGAACCCAGUUUCAACGAAGCCUGAUUUUUCCAAAAGGGAGAUAAAAACCUAAAACUUGGUUUUGAACAUGUCACAGCGACACGUAAACCAAGUUUUAAAAACUUAAUAAAAGAA